AACAGGAAUCAAGAAACGGAAUGGCGAUCGCAUUUAAGUGGGCGAUCUGUUCAAUAAUUUUACUCGGUACUGUGGUACCCAGUAAGCCUCAGCUAGUUAUAGUUCCUAUACAUCCAUCCAAUACGAUUAUAGGAGAAGAACCUCUAGUACCUCUAGUACCACUGGCACGAUCACAGAAUCAGCUCCCAAAAUCUGAUGAUUUCCUUUCUUCAGAACCUCAACCAAGGUCAUGUUCAAAGUGUGAGCAAGCCAGUUACCCCCAAUACAUUUCUGAAGCGGAAAUCAAUAUUGUCGCCAAGUUGGAGACGCCGAAACUGAUCCAAAAAUACGGAAUUCAAGUAGAGACCCAUUUCGCAUUCACUUCCGAUGGCUACAAACUCUGCCUACAUCGAAUUCCGCGACCUGGAGCCAUACCCGUCCUGUUGGUCCAUGGCCUGAUGGCCAGCUCGGCCACUUGGGUGCAGUUCGGACCCUCUCAGGGUCUGGCCUACAUCCUGUCCCAAAGCGGAUACGACGUCUGGAUGCUGAACACCAGGGGCAACAUCUACUCCGAGGAGCGCCAGGCCGGUCGCCAGAAGGACCAGGACUUCUGGGACUUCUCCUUCCACGAGAUAGGGCUGUACGAUCUCCCUGCAGCCAUCGACUUGAUUCUGCUGCAGACCAAGAUGGCGCGCAUCCAGUACAUUGGUCACUCGCAGGGAUCCACGGCCUUCUUUGUGAUGUGCAGUGAAAGGCCCGAGUACGCCGCCAAGAUUUCGCUGAUGCAGUCCCUCUCGCCAUCAGUUUUUAUGGAAGAAAUUCGCAGUCCAGCACUCAAGUUCAUGAAAUUAUUUGCAGGCGGCUUCACAGUGUUGUUAAAUUUCCUUGGCGGCCAUAAGAUCUCCCUGGAGAACAAGAUCAUUAACAUGUUUCGUCAGCACAUCUGUGACAAGCUUAUUCCCAGUCGCAUUUGCGCCAUCUUUGAAUUCGUGGUCUGCGGAUUUAACUUCAACAGCUUCAAUAUGACACUAUCCCCCAUUUUGGAAGGCCAUUCUUCACAGGGAGCAUCCGCCAAGCAGAUCUAUCAUUUUGCCCAGCUGCAGGGCUCGUCUGUUUUUCAGAAAUACAAUUACGGGCUCAUUCUGAAUAAGCUACGAUACAAAUCCAUCCUGCCACCACUGUACAACCUUUCACUGGCUCUGUCCAAGGUGGCCCUUCACCGCGGAGAUGGCGACUGGUUGGGAUCCGAAUCGGAUGUCUCUCGACUCGAGCGAAGCCUGCCCAACUGCAUAGAAAACAGGAACAUUGGCUUCAAAGGAUUCUCUCACUUCGACUUCACGAUCUCGAAGGACGUUCGACCCUUGGUGUACGAUCGCGUAAUCAAUCUGUGCGAUUCGAACCGUUAAAUGCGGGGAACUAAUUGUACUUUUAGUUUACAAAUGAAACCAAUGUAUUUGCAAAGCAAUUAAAUGAUUUUCUUGCAACACA